UUGUGUUUAUUUUCAAAAAUGUCUAGAUUGGGAACUUUUGAAGGUCAGGUUCAUGACGAUGGACCAGGUUUUGUAGGAAUAAAGUUUUGUCAAGAAUGUAACAAUAUGUUGUAUCCGCGAGAAGACAAGGAAAAUAAAGUUCUCAUGUAUGCGUGUAGAAAUUGUGAUUUCAAAACAUUGGCUGACAGCAGUUGUAUAUAUGUCAACAAAAUUAUGCACGAAAUUGAUGAGUUGACUCAUAUAGUUGCUGACGUUAUAUCUGAUCCAACGUUACCAAGAACCGAGGAACAUCCAUGCCCAAAAUGCAAUCACAGAGAAGCAGUUUUUUUCCAAGCUCAAACACGAAGAGCUGAAGAAGAAAUGAGACUUUAUUAUGUCUGUACAAAUACUCAUUGCACUCACAGAUGGACGGAAUAA